AUGGAGGAGAGACGGCGGUCCAAGCUCCUUCACGGCAUUUUCCGCUUAGCGUUCAAUCCAAACGGAGCCCCUGCGAGUCUUCCUUGGUGGCUGCCCGCUGUGGAGGAGUGGAAAACGGACAUCCUCAGCUCAGCUGCCAUACUGGUUCACUGUAGCAACCCAGAAUGGGGCCAGGAAGAUGAGGAGGAGGAGCCAGGAGGAAGAGCCAUUAUUGUGUUCUUCUUGUCACCCGCAGCCAUCCAGCAACCAGAUGUGGGCGCCCUGGAAAACCAGGCCGUAGAGGACGCCUGCAGGGAUGCAGGCAGCCCAAAGGUGGAGCAGAAUGGUGUCCUCCUGGAUCCAGCAGAUUAUCCAGGGCACUGCGCUUUCCUCGGCAGCCUUCUUGCAGUGCCCAACAACUGGAUGGAAAUAACAGCUGAUUUCCUGAGCGACGCUUUCAGGAAGGUUUUAGCAGAAAUGCAGUGCCUGGACAGUUACGUGUCCCUGGCCAUUGAGGACUACCUGAUCCAUUACCUAAGCCGGCACCGGGGAGAGCUCCGCGGUGCAGGUUCUUUCCCAAAUGCUGCCGUUUUCCUGGCCUGCAGCAUCACCAAAAAGGUCAUCACAAAACUAUGCCACGCCUCCGAAAGGAUCGAUUCUGACUCCCUCCCCGAGCGGGACAGCAGAGGAGUCGAAAUAAUGCACGAGGACUCCCCAAACCAAGAAACCCGCAUUUAUGAUGUCUUCAGAGCGUGGGGCCCCGUGGCCUAUGAAGGAGCAUUGGUGACAGCCUCUGAAGUGGUGGAGGUCAUAGAGGAAGUGCUCGAGGAGUUUUCAGCUUUCCUCGAGCACAGGAUACCUGUCAGCUCAGACCUGUCUUUCGGGGACUGUAGGCGGAACCAGCCAGAGCCACGCAGGUCCCCUCCCCACUACUCACGGCGUCCGUUCCCCUUCCAGGAGGUCAGGGUGCCCAUCUACACUCUUGAGGCCCACGCGGAAAAAGUGGCCAUCGCACUCCUGCAAAUGAUGAAGCGGUCAUUCGACCAGAUGAUGACAUCUGCUGCCAUCCGGCAAAGCCUAUUCUUUGAAAGCCAACUGAUAGAUCUGAUCCUAGCAAACUUCCGACCCUUCGAAGACCUUUGGGACAUGCUGCGGCAGAUACAGCCAAGCCCUCCUUCUGCUGCAGCAGACAUCGGAGAGUGGCAGGGGACACCUCCCGGGGAAGAUGGGCCAAGGGCGUUCAGUGCGCAGGGGAGUGAAGACGCGGCAGCAGCAGGAGAAGCAUCACCCAGUGAGCCAGCUCCUCCCCUCGGGGACGUGGAUGGACGUGCUGCUCCCACGCCUCUGGAGGAAAUUCUUCUCUACUCUACCCCCAGCGUCAGUCUCGACGAGACAUCUUCAGUUAUCAGCAUGUCACCUACUCUUGACUCCGAAGAUGAUUGUCUUCCUUGUGCUGGUUGCAGUCCGGAACAACAAACCUGAACCAGGGAGUCAGAAUCGUUCCUUUGGGAGGCAUGGCAUCUUUUAGAAACUAGCUUUUUGGUGAUGCUGCCAGGCAGAGUGGAAAGAAGUGACACUAACUAGUCCUGGCAGCCUAGGAAAUGUGGCGGGUCAGCUGCAAGCCUGCCAUCAUCCAGAAACCAUGGCUCAGAGGGCUGAUGAUGGCCCUGGACCGGUAGAAACAAAGAUGGCAAACCCCUGUGGAUGCAGCCAUGACCCCGAUGCCAACAACUUCCUGCCCACACAGCACACAGGCAGGGAGCCAAGGCCACCAGCUUCCUCCCGGGGGACUGAUGGGGCUAACAGCAAGACGAGGGCUUGAUCCGAGAGCGGAUCUCCUAGCAAUGCCGGAAAGGCUAGAGAGAGAAGAGGAGGAGGAAGAGGAGGGGGAUUGACGUGCCAGCCCAAGCCUCUCCCCACCAAGGCCGCUUCCUCGUCAUCCCCUCUCCAAUAGCUGACUUCAUCAACCGAGACAAAGAUAGCUAAACCUGGUUGUUGUGCAGCUGCAUAUCCCCGUACACCUGUCCUUCAGGAAAGCAUCCGCCAAGUCAGGAAGGGGCUGAGUAACAUCAUUGUUGGGCAAAGUAAGAACAGGAAUCUCAGUCACGGGCAAAUUCCUGCCUUCCACUCCCCUAGCCCGUUCAUGGAUAGCGGCCAGAUCUGCGCACAUGUGACAAGGAAGGCCACGCCAGCCUGGCUCUUCUUCCCAGGCUGCUGGGACCCAUCGUAGAGCUUUGUUAUAAGAACUUGUAUCUGCCAGAAUAACUGAGGCGUGCUUUUCAUACUGGCCACUCUGCGGUGGUCAAAGCAAGGCGAGGUGUGAUCACUCAUUCAAUGGUUGGAUCGUUUCUCAAGUUCAAAAACAGGCACACCUUUUCCAUGGAGCCCUGGAGCUGUUCUCUUCAGAAGAAAUAGGGCCACUUUGGAUCAUCAAAAAAAGUGACAGGUGCCCUGCCCCCAUUUAGGGCCUAAGGUAGGUAGGCAGGUUUCUUGUUUGUGGCCAAAGGCCCUUACAAUCCAUACACAUUUAGGGUGUUUAAAGCCUAUGACCCACCC